AUGUUGGAAGUCCUCGAACUUGAACAGUGGACCUCUUCUGAGGAGCUUUCCGCCUGCGUCGUUUGUUUCCCUCUCAGCCCGAUCGAUGACGGAGGCCUGCAAAUGGGUGCGAUUAUGUUCGACCGCAACACGCGGCACGCGUUCCAGUGCUACACCUGCUCCGAAGUAAGUGACACUGGGCAGAAGGAUGGUUCGGAUGUGAAUACCAAAAUGAAUCUACAAACGCUGUUGAUAAGACUUUUAACACCAAUUCUAACAGUAAUCCCGAUGCUGCUGUGCAACGCUCAGCAGAAGUUCCGCAUCGUGCCGAGGGAUCUGCAGGUGCUGGAAGGCACGGAGGCACUGUUACGGUGCGAGAUCUACAAUCUAGUCGGUGCCGUGCAGUGGACAAAGGAUGGCUUUGCACUCGGAUUUUCCCACACCAUACCGGGGUACCCGCGGUACUCGGUGCUGGCCGAUCGGAACCUCGGCAUCUACAAUCUGCGAAUAUCGAACGCAUCGAUCGAGGACGAUGCCGAAUACCAGUGCCAAGUCGGACCGGCCAAAUUCAACUCAGCUAUCCGUGCCAAUGCUCGACUCACCGUAAUAUCACCUCCAUCGUCAAUCGAAAUCCAGGGCUACAGCCGCAACGCAAAGGUGGAAGUCCGGGAAGGACAGGAUCUAACGCUGACCUGCGUAGUGUCAAAUGCAAAACCGGUCGCUCAGAUAGUGUGGUACCGGGGCAAAACGGAGUACAAAUCGGAUACAGUCGAGAACAAGGUGACGGAAACGGAGGGCAAACGGUACACGGUGUCGUCGCAGCUACGAAUCAAACCCACCUCCGAGGACGACUACAUGGAGUACACCUGCCAGGCAAAACACAAAGCCCUGCAACCUGAUCGUCCGAUGCAGACAAAGGUUCAGCUGUCAGUGUUGUAUCCACCUGGCGAGCCCCAUAUUGAAGGCUUCACGACUGGGGAGGUACUGCGAAGGGGACAAAAUGUGGAGCUUAUCUGUAGGAGCCGUGGUGGCAAUCCACCGGCCCAACUGAUCUGGUACAAGAACGAUGUGCAGGUCCGGAUGGCGUACCGGACGACGGAUCGGUUGUCGGAAAAUAUUUACUCGUUCGUGGCCGAGGAAGGUGACAAUAAGGCACGGUUACGCUGCGAGGCGAACAAUGUAAUGAUCCCGGCACCGCUCAAAACCGAAAUCACGCUCAGCGUUUUGUUCGCACCAACUCAGGUUGUCAUUUCGGGUGCAUCGGAGGCACGCACUGGAGAUGUGGUGUCGCUACAGUGCCAAACCGCCCCAUCUAACCCACCGGCAGAGAUCAAGUGGAGUGUUGGUGGGCAUCAUAUGAAGAACACCACGUCCCGGACCAUCGAGAAUCCUGACGGAGGAUGGAUCACAAUCUCCAACAUCUCUGUAGCGGUGGAAGCCAACAAACGAUCUCUCGUGGUGAUCUGUCACGGAUUGAACAUGCAGCUGACGGACAAUAUUAUUGCAACUCACACCGUGAACGUCUUGCUGCCACCAAACCAACCGGUCAUUACGGGCUACACGGAGGGAACGAUAAUAGCGGCCGGAUCGGUCCAACGGCUUCAGUGUACCUCGACCGGUGGCAACCCAUUGGCAACGCUAACCUGGUACAAAAACGAUAAAAAGUUAAACUCACCCAUCAAAUCAACGGAAAAGUCAGUUUCAUCGGAAAUCUCGAUACUGGUCAAUGCGACGGAUAACCAGGCAAAGUACCGAUGCGAAGCGCACAACUCAGCCACGGAAAUACCGAUGUCGGCCAGCAGAACCCUUGCCGUGAACUUUCCACCCGAGACGGUAAAAAUCAAAAUCAUACCACCGGAGCUUAAGCCCGGUAUCGAGGCGACGCUUAUCUGCGACUCGAGCUCCAGUAAUCCUCCCGCAACGAUUUCGUGGUGGCGCGAUGGCAUCGCAGUCGACGGUAUGAACAACUCCUCGAAGCCCGGUCUGUGGGGAGGUUACGUUUCGUCGCUCGAGCUCAAAGUGAACAUCAGCCAGGACAUGGAUGGCAAUGUGUACACGUGCCAGAGUGCGAACGAAGCACUGCAGCGCAACGUACACGAAGCCAUCAAGCUGCAGGUGCUAUAUCCACCAAAAUUCAAACCACCACCCUCGUCCACUGUGGUCGGUGCGGAAGGCGAACCGCUGACCGUGGCGAUGGUAGCCACCGGGAACCCGAUGUCCAUAUCGUACACCUGGACGAAGGACGGUCUACCGAUACUUUCAGCUACAGGUGCGCAACGAAUCGUCUCCGAGGGACCAAUCCUGAACAUCACCCGGCUCAACCGUAACGAUACCGGCAUCUACACUUGCGAAGCUGUCAACUCCCAAGGGUCGGCGAUGAUUAAUAUUUCCGUCGUAGUUGAGUAUGGUGCAUCGAUACAGUCAAUAUCGGAGAACGUUACUGUCAGUCCCGGUGAAGAGGCAAUGCUCUCCUGUACGGUCGAAGGAAAACCACUAACGGAAGAGCACAUACGCUGGGAACGCAUUGGGUACGAUAUGACCAUCAAAACGUCCACCACGUUCGCGAACGGGACGAGCUAUCUGCAUGUGAAAAAUGCUCGCCGCGAGGAUGUGGGCAAUUUCCGCUGCAUUGCCGAUAAUCGUGUAGCCAAUCCGACCAGCCGGGAUGUGUUAUUAAUUGUGAAAUUUGCACCGGAAAUCGACAAAUCGCCUGUCAUGUUGCGUGCGGCAGCUGGGUUUGGCGAACGGGCACGGUUACCGUGCCGGGCACAGGCUGCACCGCGGCCCAAAUUCUACUGGUCCCGGUCCGGGCAGGUGCUGAACGUGAACCAGUCCGCCAAGUUCUACGUCGAGCACAAGCAGAUUGAUGCGCUGACGUACGAAUCGAUACUGGUCGUCGAGCGGGUCGCAUCCAACGAUUACGGCCUGUACGAGUGUAUCGCACGCAACGAGCUGGGCAAUGUGAAGGAAAAGGUACGGCUGGAUGUGACCUCACCGCCGGAUCCGCCGGUAAGUCUGAACGUCCUGAACGUGACCCACGACUCGGUGACGCUUGCCUGGACGCCUGGUUUCGAUGGUGGCAUGAAGGCGAACUACCGCAUCCGGUACCGGGAGGUGAACAGCGAUCGCUACUGGUACGAGGACAGUCAGCCGAACUCGUACAAGCUGACAGUCGGCGGCCUGCGGAUGAACACGCUGUACGUCUUUUCGAUCAUGGCAUCGAACGGGCUCGGGUCGAGCCGCUACCUGCCCGAUGUAACACGCGCCCACACGAAAGACACGCCGCCUUCGCAGCCAGCCUCAUCGCUCGGGAGCAAAACGGCCACGGCUCAAUCGACCGGUGGCACAAUCGGUGCAUCCGGUAUCGUGCUGCUAAUCGGCGUCGCUGCCGGUAUCUGUCUCGUGCUGCUCAACAUCAUCCUGAUUGGAUGCUGCAUUCAUCGGCGUACCGUUCACAAGCGCAUCAAGCGGGGCGAAACGCUGUCUAGUGUCUCGGAAAAGAGUGACGCUUACUCAACCGACGCUAAUCGUCCCGACUAUACGGAUGACACGACCAGCAAAUCUGCUUCGACAUAUCUCGUGGAAAAUGGGGACAUGCCGCCACCACGCUACCAAAAGGAGGGCACCCUACCCCCGUAUCCUAACAAUAUCAAUGGAGCUUAUGCGCGCACCUUGCCCCAUCCACGGCACAACCCAGUGAACUAUCAGCAGCGAAGCCACGAUGAUCAGAUGAUCGAACGAAGCAGCUACGUAACAGCUCCGUCCCCUGGACCACCGUUUGAUGGGUCCUAUUACAACAUGAACAGCGAUCGCUAUCUGUCCUACCCUCCGAUGCAGGACUAUUCCGCAAUGGAGAUGUCGACACCGCCACCACCGGUAAUACCGGCACUGCCCAAAAACACUGGCACACUAACGCGUACGACCCGUCCGAUGGUACCACCGCCGGACGUCACCUACCACGCCCAGUCGGUAGUCAACGAAAGCUCCUCAUCGCCCCAGCACAUGAGCAGCAGCCUGAGCAACACGGUCAUCGGUAAUGCGUUAUCAUCGCAGGCACCGGUGCCGGCACCGAAACCACUGCAGGGUAUCCUGAAGGAUCCGAAGCGCAACAGCAGCGCAAGCAACAGUAGCCAACAUCAGCAGCUACAGCACGGUGCGCAGCUGAUCGCGGUCCCGAACCCAUCGCCGGUACCGCUCGUGGGUGGUGUGCCAGGACUUCCGCUGGUUGGCAGUACCUUCCUCGGGACGACGGCUGGUAAUGCGUCGAACGUAGGUACCGGAGGAUCGAGCAGUUUGGGCAACAGCUUACUGAUCGGCACGUACGAUCCGAGCAGUACAAACCUGAGCUCCUUUAACGCAUCGUUCGGAUUCACCGAUGCCGAUGGGCAUCUGGUGUAA